AUGAAAAGCGAAAAGACUGUCAAUGAUGGUCCUAAGAUUAUACGUACGAUGGGUUCGCAGGCGCUAGGUGGACUGAAUUCGCUUGCUUCUGGACGCAAUAGCCAAAACUCAUCAAUGUCACGAUCGCCUAGUGCAGGAGUAGAAGACGGGCAGAAUGCGAUAGCAAUCCGGGGUUCGAAAAAGGCGAAAAGUCCCUCUGUUGUGUUGGAGCAGACUCCCUCGCAGCGGCUGCCACGGCUCAACACUGAACUUGCCGAGGUAGGCAGCUUCACGAGCGUGAGUUCAAUGGGGAACUCGAAUCUGCGAGUAGCUCAGGCUUGCGACAGGUGUCGCUCAAAGAAGACGAGAUGUGAUGGGAAGCGGCCACAGUGUUCGCAAUGUGCUGCUGUUGGCUUUGAGUGCAAGAUUAGCGAUAAAUUGUCAAGAAGGGCAUUUCCGCGAGGUUAUACGGAGACAUUGGAGGAAAGGGUUCGAGAGCUGGAAGCUGAAAAUAGGAGACUGGUAGCCCUGUGUGAUAUUAAGGAGCAGCAGAUACAUUUAGUUUCGCAUUGCUCACCAGGUAAGGGUAAGCAGAAUGGCAAGCCGCAGGAGUCGGACGAGCAGAUGUUGCAGGAACUGAGAAGCGCCAACGGGGGUCAGCUCAGGCUUUCAUCCACGAAUCUUUUUUUAUUGAACAGAGCGCGAGAUUCAAAUCAAGCAACGACGGAGGAAGAUCAUGGCUUUGAGACCCAGAAGAUACAAGAUUCGCAACAAGGUAAGACGCAUAUGUGCGAUGGUUUGCAUUGCAGCGAUAAACUGCAUUCGAAGCCGGUCUCUACCAGCUUAAAUGAUCCAACGUGUGUCUCCUUCGAGCAGGACGAAGCUCCAGGACUGCCGGCGGUUAAGGCAUUGACUACGAUGGCCACUAGAGAAAGAAGCACCCAAUUGGCCGCGCUAGUAGCGUUGUCGGUCCUUAGAUCUACGGAAGAAAUACUUUUCAUGCCACAAUUGCUAGCGAGGAUAAUGCAAAUUCACGGGUUCACAUCGAAACAGUGUCUUUACACUGUCUCGCUAUUGUCGUCUUUGAAGAGUAAUUUACCAGAACCGCAGCUAUUGAAAUGGGACCAAUUGGAUUGUUUGAAAACCACCAAUUUAUGGGAAAUUGAUAAUCUCGAGCAGUUUUUCAGCGAAACGCUCAAAUUUCGUAUACUCGAAGAUGGUACCAAGGAGAACAAAGAUGAAGAAUCUUCGUUCGGAUUGUCAAUAGCCGAAAUUGAUGAGUUGGUUGAGCUCUUCUUCGAGUUCUGGUCACCUCAUAUUCCGAUACUGGAUAGACAGGAGUUUUUUUCAUAUUAUAACAAGUUAAAGAGUGAUGUCGAAACACAGCCAGGUCUCUUCCAAGAUGGCUCCAACAAUUUUACCAGAAGAAAUAAUAUUAUUAGUUACAAGAUUUUUGCAUGCAUACUUUUCACGGUGUGUCAGAUGGGUUUAUUGAUGAAGGUAAAAAGGGAUAAAAUUACAGAUACCAGUUCCAAAUGCAUCAAACUGAUCUCGUAUUAUCACAGGGCAAUAUCUCUCAUUUAUUCGAACGCUUACUUCAGCGUAUUAACCACCUCACUGCAGUCAGUACAGUUUUUAUCAUUGCUGCUUUUCUAUUUCCUUAAUACAGGUAAUGUAUCAGCUGUUUAUGAGCUGCGAGGUCGGGUGGUAUCAAUGGCCCAACAGCUACGGCUCCAUCGUUGUCCCAGUGCUGUCUUGAGCGGCUCCGGAUCAACCAUGAAUAAGAUGGAGCAAGGCGAUAGAAGAGUACUGUUUUGGGGUAUAUACUAUCUGGAUGUGUUUUCUGCUUUGCAACUCGGAGUUCCUCGGCUAAUCAAGGAUUUUGAGAUUGAGUGCGCUUUACCUGUCGCUGACAAUGAAAAUAAAAAGGUUAAUCUUGCGGGGCAAAUGAUUCGGUUAGAGGGCCACGUAAGUCAAUUUUCUUUGGCUAUGAUAAGAUAUGCCAAAGUGCUAGGUAAUAUUUUGGAUACGAUUUUCAAGAGGGGGAUGACCGAAUCGAUUACAAAAAAGUCAGCAUUGAUACAUGAAAAUGCUUUGGACAAUUGGAGGCGCGGCUUGCCACACGGGCUUACAUUCGAGAUAGACGUAAAUGGCACCAUUAACAUGGAUGAGUUUAACAGAUUAAAACAGGAGAGUGGAAUAGAUGGACAAAUGAAAAACAUGAUAUUGAUCUUAUUUUAUUUCCUUGCAAAAUGUAUGAUUCAUUUGCCUGUCAUUGCUACUACCCGUUUAUCAUCAAACGAUGACAGUAAUGGCGAAAUGAAAGAUGAGAAUUCUGCUCAGCUAGAUAAACGAAAUGAGACUGAGAGUGAACUUGCUGUUAGGUCGUCAUCGUCAUAUGUCCUGUUACAACAAGCCACUAACACCAUGCUCGGUAUUAUGAAUUCCCUCCAGUCAAUCUAUCUACCUCUUCCGAUUAACGUGGCCCGCCAAAAGACAGUAUAUUCUCUGAUAAGCGCCAGAGGAUCUUUGGAAUAUAUUAAAGGGGGGGCACUAUACCUGGAUAGCAAGGCGCUGCUUUUGGAUGUUGUUAAAAGUAUAGAAGAGGAUCGCAAAUUGGAAAUUCCCGGAAUUAUAUCCUGGCAUAGUUUGAAGCUUUUGGAUAUGACUAUAAAUCUCUUGCUGCAACCUGCAAAUAUCAAAGUGGAGAAACUGGACAAAUUGCUCAAGAAGAAGCUCAACUACUACAAUAGGCUGAUGGGCCAGCCAAUGUUGAGAACUCCUUCAGGUAAGCAAGAGGUCAGCAAAAAGAGGAAGAGUGCUGGAGAUGUUGAGGACUACUCUAGACCCAGCACAGCCGAUAUCAUCAGAACAAGUAAUUUGACACCAGUGAGUUCGAAAAGCGAUGACAGCCCGCAAGAGAAGAGAGUCAAGCUUGAGGAUGAGCCAGAAAAGCAUACUGGUUUGCAGCAUUCGAAGUCGUUAAAUCAGACCACAGCUCCAGUAGCGACCCAAACUGCGAUAGCUGAAGCACUUCAGCUAGACCCCGUGCUGAGUAGUAACAUUCUCAGUGACGCAGAUCUAGCAGCAUUUUUUGGUGGCCAUUUGUCGCUGCCCAACAGCAAUCUUUUUGCACCUGUCCCACAGCCAGUAAACCCGGAGAAGUCUGUACCUCCGUUCACAGGCAAGUCCGCUCACGAUACUCAGCUUAAACACCAAAUGCCGAACAGUGGUUCCAAGUUAGAGCUAGACGGACUCUUCAGAGUCCCAAGCAAUGCCAACUUCCUGAUAGACGAGCACUUUCCAUCGGGGGGCUCGCAGCUCGAUUUAGCGCUUCUGGCAAGCAAUCACCAGAGUUCAGGCUUCGGUUCCAAUGGCAAUAAUCCGCUCAGAAAGCAAAACGACUUGGUCCCUUCGACAAACCACCCUGUCCCUCAUAUAUCCAACAACAGCAACCCGUCUGCGUACCACGAUGGCUUCGGCACAGCUGCUAGCGGUCACUUUGGUGCAACUGCGAUUAACGGCGCUUCCGGAUUCAACUUCUCCGUGGAUGCGUCGCUUGGACUUGCCCCUCUACUAGACUGGUCGCCGGAGAUGCACCACAGCCCCUCCAAAACCAUCAGCCACCACUCUGACAACAGUGGAAUCAUUUUGGACUCCACCAUCCACCAUGAAGAAGAGCUGGCGAAUGGCAGCAGAGCUCCUACCACUGCUAUGACACGAACGGGAAGCGGCCAAGGAUCUGCACAUGGCUCCCAUUUCACUCCUGCUCAAUCGCACCAAGUAGACCAACUUCCUACUGGUCUCCACGACGGCGACGACCCGGGCCAACCGAUGCUGACGCUGGGUUCUCGCAGAGGUCCCAGACGCCGCCAUAUGGCCUUCUCGUCGGCACAGGACAGCGGUCUGGCCGCAAACCGCACCAGUCGUGAUCAAGAUCUAAAUAAUUUGUUCUACUGGCAGAACUCUAAAUAA